UGUAGCCCGGCGGACCGAGCUCCCGGCUCGGGCAGACCCCAGCCACAGGGCAGCCAUGAGCCUGGUCCUCUGCGAGUGCCUGCCCAGCCCCAGCCUGGAGGCGGAGCCCUGCUCACGAGCACGCUCCCAGGCCCGCGUGUACCUGGAGCAGAUUCAGAACCGGGUGGCUGUGGGGGCACCUGACAUGACCAAGCGUGACUACCUGGUGGACGCGGCCACACAGAUCCGGCUGGCCCUGGAGCGCGACGUUAGUGAGGACUAUGAGGCGGCCUUCAAUCACUACCAGAAUGGCGUGGACAUGCUGCUCCGUGGCGUACAUGUCGACCCCAACAAGGAGCGAUGUGAGGCUGUCAAGCUGAAAAUUACCAAGUACCUGCGGCGGGCAGAGGAGAUCUUCAACUGCCACCUGCAGCGGACGCUGAGCAGCGGAGCCAGCCCUGGCACGGGUUUCAGCAGCCUGAGGCUCCGGCCCAUCCGCACGCUGAGCUCUGCCCUGGAGCAGCUGAGGGGCUGCCGAGUGGUCGGGGUCCUUGAGAAGGUGCAGCUGGUCCAGGACCCAGCAAGUGGAGGGACCUUCGUGGUGAAGAGCCUCCCCAGGUGCCACAUGGUGAGUCGGGAGCGGCUGACCAUCAUCCCACACGGAGUCCCCUACAUGGCCAAGCUGCUGCGGUACUUCGUGAGCGAGGACUCCAUCUUCCUUCACCUGGAGCACGUGCAAGGAGGCACUCUCUGGUCCCACCUGCUCUCCCAGGCGCACCCCGGGCAUUCGGGGCUCAGGUCGGGCUCCACCCAGGAGAGGAUGAAGGUUCAGCUCAACUCCCACCUCAGCCUCCUGACCCCAGCGCGGCUCCCCCGGGGCCACACCCCCAGGCAGGACAGAAUCUCCCUGGAGCCUCCUCGGACUUCUCAGAGCCUUCCCCCAGCCAAGGAGGCCCCAUCCAUCAGAACCCAGAGAGAGGCUGAAGACGAAUCCACAGCCAGGACUAGCACUUCCUGCUCCUUGGACCUUCCGAAGGCCCCAAGUGGCCACCUGCACCUUCAAGCCAGGAGGGUGGGCCAGAGCUCGAACCCUAGGCCCCCUCAGGGGCUCCCUUGGGUUCGUGAGGGGGCCGACCGGGUGCUGGGGGGCUGCGGCCGAGGCAGGGGUCAGAGCCGCCUGUCAAUGCCAGUGGAUGGGGCCAGCCAGGGGUGUGGCAGGGCCGCCUGGACCGUGAGGGAGGAGCAGGUGAAGCAGUGGGCGGCGGAGAUGCUGGUGGCUCUGGAGGCACUGCACGAGCAGGGGGUGCUGUGCCGGGACCUCAACCCCCGGAACCUGCUCCUGGACCAGGCAGGUCACAUCCGGCUUACAUAUUUUGGCCAGUGGUCAGAAGUGGAGCCCCAGUGCUGCAGGGAGGCUGCGGACAACCUGUACAGUGCCCCAGAGGUGGGUGGGAUUUCGGAGCUGACAGAAGCCUGUGACUGGUGGAGCUUUGGGUCUCUACUGUAUGAACUGCUGACAGGAACGGCACUGUCCCAGAGCCACCCCUCAGGAAUCCAGGCCCACACCCAGCUCCAGCUACCCGAGUGGCUCAGUCGCCCAGCAGCCUCCCUGCUGACUGAGCUGCUGCAGUUCGAUCCCACCCUGCGCCUGGGCGCUGGAGGCAGUGGUGUCAGCAAGCUCAAGUCCCACCCCUUUUUCAGUGCUAUUCAGUGGAGCAAACUGGUGGGGUAAGAGGGGCUCAAUGGGUGAUGGAAGCAGCUGG